AUGUUCCCUUUCCGCCCAGUCAACCUUCCACCCCAUGUGCUGGUUACAAGCACCACCAUCAUAGGCCUGAGCCUCUAUGUCUCACUAUUUCGCAAGUCGCCCUUGAAACAUCUCACUGGACGCGACGUCUUCGUACCAGCACCUUCUACGCCUCGAGUCGCAGACACCAAUGCCCUCUUCGGCGUCGUAGCAUGUGCCCUGCAGCUGCCGUAUUUCCUCUGCUCGUACAUGCCCAUUGAAGAAAAUCAGUGGCUGCACGUCACUGUGCCGGUUAGACUGGCUGUUUCUGCAGCUCUUGGUGUGAAUCUCCUCUUCCGCGGGCGCCGCAUGAGUGAGGAGGGUUUGUGGGAGUUUUUGGCGCUGGGAGUUACAGAUUUGGUGGGUGCUGUGAUGCUUGGGUGGGAGUUGGGGAGGUUUGAUGGGAUGGUGUCGGGAUUUGAGUAA